AGUUAUUGGAACAUGUUAAACAUGUCAGCAAUUGUAACUCUGAUUGCAAUAUUAGCUCAGAUCCAAAUGGUUUCAGGCAUUGGAAACGACACAAUUAAAAUGAAGGUUCAAAAAGGCGAAACAGUUGUUUUAAAAUGUUCUACUUCUGAAGGUGAACCGUCCUGGUUAGGACCAGAUGUCAUCAAUUCGGGAGAAAAAGAGCUAGCUUACUUUUUAAAAGACAAACAUAACCCAACUCUGAAUCAAACCAAAUAUUCACUGGCGGAAAAUGAAGGAAGUUAUGAUCUGUUAAUUGGGAAUUUCCUGAAAGCAAACACUGGUUGUUAUAAAUGCAGAUUUGAAAAUGAUGGACUAUUUAACGAGACGAGGUAUUACGUAUCUUUGUUAGACAAAGAAUAUGAAACCACAACAAGAACUUUUACAGCUGGAAGCUUCCGGAAAACAUCAAGUAUAACGAAAAUUGCAAAGACAACCAAUUUUCAAAUUCCAAAUGAUCUAGAAGGAAACAACGAACACACUUUAAUAAUUUUGCUUGUUAUGAUUCCUAUUGUUCUGCUUGGAGGUUCUAUAACAAUUGUUGUAGUUCUAGCCAGAGUAAAAGGGACAUCUAUUGGUGAAAUGUUAGAAUCCCUUCCUUUAUCAUGUCAAAGAGAUACAGAAAGGUAA